AGUUAUUAUUUUAAGUAAAACUUGAUAAAUACAGUAGACCAAUGGCUGCUAUACGUAAAAAGCUAGUGAUAGUUGGGGAUGGUUCAUGCGGUAAAACAUGCCUUCUUCAUGUGUUUAGCAAAGGCCAGUUUCCAGAAUUUUAUAUACCCACUGUGUUUGAAACCUAUGUAGCAGAUAUUGAAGUACAUGGAAAACUAGUUGAACUGGCCUUGUGGGAUACUGCUGGUCAGGACGAUUAUGAUAGGCUAAGACCCAUCUCGUACCCAGACACAGAUGUUAUUCUCCUGUGUUUCUCAGUUGACAAUCCGGAGAGUUUGGAGAACAUACGCGAGAAGUGGGCACCAGAAGUUAAACACUUCUGUACUAAUGUUCCUAUCAUUCUUGUAGGAAGCAAGAAAGAUCUGAGAAAUGAUGAAACUGUAAGGUGUGAACUUGCAAAAAUGAAACAAGAACCUGUGAAAUAUGAUGAUGGCCGUGCAAUGGCUAAGCUAAUUGGAGCUGUCAGCUAUUUAGAAUGUUCUGCUAAAAGGAUGGACGGCAUAGUAGAGGUGUUUGAAGAAGCAACAAGAGCUGCAUUAAAAAGAAAGAAAACGAAGGGGAGUAAGACAAAGUGUAGAAUAUUUUAACAUUUUAUACUUCGACAGCAAACAAAGAGCACGGACGGCGUAAUAGAAAUAUCUAAGCAAGCAAAAGUGCUACUAUGCAUCGUUAGCUUCUCUUUUACAGCAACCGAAUGGGUUACAACAUUGCUGAGAACGUGGAGUGCGCACAAGGGGAGUUAACCUAGCUACAAAUAAAAAUGUAGACACUUUUCUGGAUUUGCAGUGCAUUUCUAAGAACAGGAGGAGCGUUCAUGAGGUGUUUGACCAGGCAACAAGAGUUGCGCUACUAGUAAACAUGAAAAUAAGACCAAACGAAGAAUAUUCUACCGUUUUGGACUUUUACUGCAACAAAUUAAGUUGUUGUAGUGCAAAUCUCAUAAUAUUUAACGGGGUUUCAAUCAAUAUGCUUUUUUGUUUUGUUUUUGUUUAAAAACAGUUUAUAUUGGGAAUACAUGUGUUUACAUGUGUUAAAGUGGAAUUCUUUUGAAAUAAUCAGCAUUUACUUUAUUUAUGAUCAGUACAUGAGAUACUGUUUAUUAUUGUUUUUAUAAUCCUGACAUUUUAUUGUAUUAUCAUGUUUACAGUUUUGUAAGAUCAGAAAUGUGUUCACUUCUGAAGUUAUUAAAAUGUCUGAAAACGA